ACAUGACACUCCUCCCCCGGAUCGUAAUAGGGUGCACCCUUCUCGGAUCGUGUACAACCCUAACUAGAUAGGAAUACAGAAACUGCAUAACAACUUUUGUUAAAAAUGUGAGUGUUUUUUGUGUAACCCUUUCACGUUGGUACCAAAUCGAAAUAUUUAUAACAGACGAAUUUCCUGGGUGUUGAAAAUAGGACAUUGUUUUGACUUAUCCUGCUAGGGGGUUGGGUUGUCGUAACUAGCUACUUGAUACCAAACGUUAGCUACUAGCUAGCUAAACAACUAAUCAAUGGUUGGCAAAUCCUACAUUCUUUUUGGGAAAUAGCCCCAUACAUUUGAUAAAUAACCAUUUCCCGAAAAGCAAAAUAACCAAAUAUCAAACUUAAGGUGCUGGCGGAUGCUGGAUAGCUAACUACCACUGCCUACUAAGCUAUUCUUAUUCUCCUGGAUGGAAAGCUUGUGUGCAUGAGCACGCUUCCUUCCUGUACGUUCUGUUCUCUAGCUGGUGCAAAUGGAGUCAACGAUGGACCCAACGCCUAAUGUCACAGAUAACUUGUAUAAAAUGACUGAAGAGGACGUCAAGAGGUUAAUAGAACUGCGUUCCUCCAAUGAGGCUCUUUUCACAGGAAAAAGAAAUGCUGCCAAGGUUGCCUGGAAUGCAAUUCUAAAGGGAUUAGGUCUUGAGGGAAAGCUGACAGCUGACCAGAUUGCCAAAAAGUGGGAAAAUCUGAAGACUAGAUACAAGGAUUUAAAAUACCCUUUUCUUGGCAAGGACACUGUUUCUACUAGCAUAGCCUCCUGGCCAUGGUUCCAACUUAUGGAUGAGGCCAUGGAAGGACGCCUCUUCAACAGCGCCCACGUUUUGGCGGUGGAAUCUUUGGGUGGUGAGGAUCCGAGUGCUCCCUCGCCAUUAACCAACGAGAGAGAACAGGGGACCGAGGGUGCUGACAUUUUGGAGUUCUUGAUCAAAACGGAGAUGGAGGACAGUGCAGGGACAGGGAACUUGGAAAACAAUGCAACAGUUAACACUGAUGCAACUCAGACUGGGGCCUCUACUACUAUGGGCUGGCGAAGAAUGUCAGAAUGCUCAUAUAAAAUGACAGAGCAGGAGACGGAGAGAAUGAUAAAGCUGCGUGCCGUGAAUGAGGCCCUCUUCACAGGCAGAAAACAUACCGCUAAGCCAGCCUGGAGAGCUAUUUUGAAUGUGUUGGGUCUUCAGGGAAAGGUGACUACUGACCAGCUAGCCAAAAAGUGGGAUAAUCUCAAGAGGCGAUAUAAGGAGUUGAAAUGUCCAGCCCGCGGCAUGGAGAGCAACCCAAAUUCCUGGCCCUGGUUCUACCGCAUGAAUGAUGCUGUCGAGGGGCGUUUCGCCGGCUGCGCCCCCAUCCUGACGCCAGUAGUAGAGGAGGGUGAUGAGGAGUUUGAGCCCUCUCCACCACCAAGGAAGAGGGCCCGUCGGACACCAGGGAGGGGGGGGAUGUCUGAGUUCUUGACAGAGUCAGAAAUGGAUGAGCUGGUAGAAACAGAGGAUCGGAACGGUGCAGCCAUGUUCCCAGGGUCCGCCAUAGGGGAGUAUCACAGGACCACAGAAUUCUCAUAUAAGCUGACUGAGGAGGACACCAAGAGAUUGAUAGAGCUGCGUGCUUCUAAUGAGGCUCUUUCACAGGAAAGAGAAAUACUGCCAAGCCUGCUUGGAGGUGAGGCAAUAGUGAAAGAGAUGGGCCUCGCAGGCAAGUUGUCUGCUGAUCAGGUCUCUAAAAAGUGGGACAACCUGAAGACAAAAUUCAAGGACUUGAAGUACCCGCCACGUGGCAUGGAGAACCAGAGCAGCCCUGCCUCCUGGCCUUGGUUCCAACUUAUGAACGAUGCCUUCGAGGGCCGACUGGCUGGGAGAGCCCCCAAAAUAACGCCUGUAUGGGUGAGCGAGGAAGACUACUUGUUUGUAUCCUCGCCGAUGCCUACAGAGAGAGACCCAUGUCCCAUGCCAGAGAGUAGUGGGAUUUCUGAGCUGGUAGAGGCAAUGGGACCAGGGGGCACAGAUGUGGAUGGAACUGUUACGUUCAUCGAUGCCAGUGGAGAGGAGUGCCCCACACCUUUGGAAUUCUCCUAUAAAAUGACAGAGCAGGAUACGAGGAGGCUGAUCAAGUUGCGGGCUGCCAAUGAGGUUCUCUUCACUGGGAGGCGAAAUGCUGCCAAGACUGCAUGGAAGGCCAUUUUAAAAGAGUUGGGUCUCCUGGGAAAGGUGUCAACUUACCAGGUGGCCAAGAAGUGGGACAACUUAAAGAGGAGAUAUAAGGACCUGAAGUACCCUCCUGUGGGCAUGGAGAGCAUGGCAGACAAUGCUGCUUCCUGGCCAUGGUUCUACCUCAUGAACGAGGCCAUGGAGGGCCGCCUCGCUGCCAGCGGACCUGUCCUGACCCCUAUAACGGAUGGCGACGACCCAAAGCCUUCCCCUUUGCAGCCCAUUCGAAGUAGAGGACGCCCGUUGCUGGACAGAGGUGACACCACACUGGAGUACGACCAAGAGAUGUAUGCGGACCCCGCCACAGAGGAGUGCCACCGGGCCACAGCGGAGUGUGAGAGGGCCCUAAGAGAGGAGAGGUUGGGUAGGGGGCCAGCUGGGCCCACUGCUGCUCACAAGGGAGUGACACUGGAGAGAGAGUGGGAGAUGGUGGAGAGGGAGAGGGCAGCGAUAGAGGGGGAUAGAGCGGCAGUGGACAGAGAGCGGCAGUGGCUGGAGAGCGAGAGAGCCAACUUGGCAAGAGAGAGGAUGCUGUUGGAACAGGACAGGAUGGCCCUGGGGAGAGAGAGAGAGGCCUUUGAGAGCCAGAGGGCAGCAGUGGCGAUGAACAGCGCUACAGUGGUGCACACUGGACACAUCAACCACUGUGGGAUGGGGAUGUAGACUGAUGUUAUAGACGGAUUGGAAGCCAAGGACUGAUCAAGAGCUUUCAAGUUACUUGGAGAACAGACUUUUCAGCAUGUUUUCACCUUAUUGGCUCGAGAUGAAUUUCUUUUUACACUAAACUCUAAACUUAAUGGUUUGUUCAACUAAACCAGUGAGAGAUUUCAAUCUGUGACACUGCUCACUUGUUUUGAAUGAUAUUUGGAAAUUUGUCUGUGUUGUAUUUCUUUUGACAGAAAAGGCUAAUGAUAUAAGCCUUAAAGUUUUUGUGAUUUGACUCUGUUAUUCCAAUGACCUCACAUUGUCUUUUCAGUCUUGGUUGCAAUUACAGUAUAUUGUAAUAAAAAUAAAAAAGGCACCGUAAAGUGAGAACUGAAACAGUUCUAACUUUUAAAAUGUCUCUGUGAAAGCUGUUUUCACUUUCAAACAAUUAAAACGCUGUAAAGUACUGCUAAAAAA